UGUACUUAAAACAUCCUGUUAGUUUCAGACCUCAAAACUUUAGUCAUUAGUCUAAAAACAGCUUAUAUUGAAGGCAGUCUGCCAAAAUGACAUGUAAUAUAAUGUAAUAGUGUGUCUAAACACGCCUCUGCAGAAGAAGAUCAACACCUGCUUCUACAUCACUGCCUGUUAAGCCCCUCCCACCAAUUCAUGCAUGUAGUGUUUACGAAAGAGCAUGCAGAUCUAAGCAGAAACCAAAUGAUAAAGAUGCUCUGAAGACAACAAGACACUGUGCAGCGCCAAGCUGUGGAAAACAGUCUUUGCGUUGCUUUCCUUCAAGUGGAUGAACUUUAUCUUUAAAGAAGAUCCAGACCGCAUCAGUAAGAACUUGGUCCUUUGUUCACUUCAUUUUACCGUGGAUUUGUUUACAAACAAGGCACAAUUCGAAGCGGAAUUUUCAAAAAGAUUGAAACUAAAAGACGAUGCUGUGCCAAAUCUAUUGGAUCCGACAGUAACGUUGCAACACAAGUGUGAGUUACUGUUCUUAUUAUGUGCUCACUAUUGCUUCAUUCAUUAUUACAGAUCGUUUGACAUGUACUGAGUAUUUAUGCGUUUUUGACCUAAAUCACAGCAGCAUCCAUCUGUGUACGAUGUAGGCUGUCAAGCAAACACAACUAUUAGCCAAUCACAGCAGUGGGCGUUUACUUCCGAGUCUACAAUGGUGAGAAGAAGAGACUUUCUUACUGAGAAAAUCUAAUUAAAUAUAUAUUAUAUAAUAUAAAUAGAAGGGGAUCAUUCGGAGGUCCUUGGCAUUUUUUUUUUUUUUUAAAAACCCUUGUUUUAACAUUCUAAGCAUAAUCCCUCACUUCUGCAGAAAACGAGUCUUUUUAAAAAUGUUCAUACUUGCAUUAACUCAUUAAACUAACUUUUUGGUUGGUGUCAGAAAGGUUACAGUGCAUUUGACUGAGAUGUCACACACUGAAAGUUUAUGGUGUGUGUAAAGACUUUAUCGGCAGUGUAAAUGUAAAUCAUGCAAUGUAGAGUAACGGUUCACUUGAGCACAGCUCACACUUCUCUGGCAGACGAAGAACAAUGUUGUUCGGACUGAGUCUCCAUCAAAAUUUCCAGAUUCUCGAGAUGGUGUUCUGUGCAUUGGCACUGAUCAUCCCGAUGUUUCGUGGCCCCAUGUCUAGUCCUUAUGGGAUCUGGUGUGAGUUUGUGUGGGUAUUCGGACUCAUCGUGGCUGUGGUGGUCUUUGUUAUCGAGAAGUGCCUGGUGGAUAAACUGAUCGAGCUCCUCGUGCUGAAGCACUCUUGGAAUGAUCUCUCCUGCGGAUUGAACCUUCUGUCGUCCCUCAUGCUUUUGUCUGCAUGUCUCAUCUACUGCACCGUCUUUGUGUGCGCAACAUGCAUUGCAGACAUUAUCUGCGCCAUCGCCUCCAUCUUAGCGUUCGGCGUAUAUGUGGUCGAUACCGUGAUGUUAAAACUCAAGUGUCCAGCAGGUUAUCUGUCUAACGUACGAGGCAUCCUGCGCUUCAGCCAGGCAUUUGUAGCCUGCCUCAUCUUUACCGUGGUAUACAGCUACUUCAAAGGAGUGGAAAAUCAGUUCCGGCCUGGCGGUUUGAUCUGGUGCAUUCUGGUCUACGUAGUGUGUUUCCCUCCAACCGUGGUGGUGAUCCCGUCACACCUGCAGAAGUGUGUGGAUCUGCUGCGAUGCUGCGAUCUCAAUAAGUUGGAGUUGGUGCUUGACGUCGUUGCUGUCGCUCUAUACGUCUCUGCUGCCAUCCUCUGGCCUGUGUUUGGCUAUAAAAACUAUAAAAGAGACUCCAAAACCUACGAUUAUCGCUUUCAUGACCUUAAUUUGGUCACAAUCCUGACGUAUGUGAACUUGGGGCUUUACCUCGCAGACCUCAUUUGGACUUUGAUUGUACUUUGUAAAAAAAGGUAGAGGUAGCCUACUGUAGUCAGAUGUUCUACAAACACUGCAUGAAUGUAAAGCCAUAACCAUGUCUUUAACUCUGAGGGGGACCAAACCAAUUUUGUGGGGAAGGGGGUCUUUUAUUUAAAGGAAUUGAAUAAUUAAAACGAAUUAAAGGAGUAAAGAUAAUAAAGAAGAUAAUAUUUACAAGAUUAUCACAUUACAUUCACUCAUCGUAUGCCUAUUUCGAUACGAUAGCGAUAGCCAAAAAAUGAUAGCGUAUAUUUUCAAUUCAAAAUGGCUAAAUUUGACAAACUCGAGUAGUUUUGUGUUAUAGGCUACUAUAACAUUUCUAUCGGUAAAACAGUUGUCAAAUAUUAAAUGUUUAGAC